AAAAAUAAUGCCCUCCCAGGACAGUCACGAAGUUUGGGGCUAUAAAUUGGAAGCGAAACCAAGUUUAAAUCAGACGGAUCUAGGAGCGUCAACCGAUAUUUAACAACAUUGUUCAAGGUCCACUGAGGUAACCAAGGUCAUCAAGGUCAAUCAAGAUGAAGGUCAUAGUUCUGUUGCUCGUUGUCUUGGUGUCAAGCAGUACCUUUGCUUCACCAAACCGCCGUCAAUCACAAGAUCCACCUCCGGAAAAUGUUGAAGAUGAAGUUUCUUUCGAGGAGGAGUUCGAAAAGGAUAUAAGUGCUUGCGAAAGACAUCUGAAAUGCCAAGCUCCAGAGGAGAGAGUGAAACGCCAGGAAACUGUUGAAGAAGACAAAACCGCAUGUGAACGUCUAUUAGAGAACGCAGAAGAAGUGCUUAGAGACGAAGCUGAACGUAGCCUCGGUGGUGAAGAAAAUGAGAGUGACAGAGAAGAACUUGUAGCCACACUUGAGGAAUGUAGGACCAAAAACGAUGUUGACUGUGACGGAGGCUCUAGUAACCCAGAAGCUCGCUUCCUUAGACGAAUGCUGAGGAACUUAGAAGGCGAUGACUGCUUGAAAGCCCUCGAUAAGGUGAAGGAAUUGAGAGAAGGCGAGGAUAAAUGCAAGUGUGAAGGUGGAAAGGGUAAAAGUGGAGAUGAAGGACGAAAAAGUGGCGAUGGAAAAAGACCAGGAAGCAAAGGUGGCGAUAGACAAAAGCAAGGAAGCGGUGGUGCUGACAAACAAGGAAAUGAUGCUCCCAAUGAACAAAAAGAGGAAUUGAAAAUGCUGCUCAGACUUUUGGGGAAAAAAUAAAAUAUUGGAAUUCUUGGAAUUUUUGAAAAUGGACUGUUAAACUGACAUGACCGAACAUAUGUUUUGUUUUAUCAAAACAUUUCAUUCACCUUUCUCUUUAUUUUCCCUUAUCUAUAUUCGCUAUCCUGUUGUUGUUUGCUCAAAUUCAUUCACCAUAUUAAAGUUAAGAAUUUUAUACAGUAUUAAGAGAACAUGCAGCCUUCAUAUAUAAUUGACUCAGAGAUACUUACACAAGUAUUUUGUCAUAAAGAAAACAUUUAAAAGUAAUGAAUAUAUGUACAUGGAAGGAAAAUGCUUAAUCUAAUGUCUAAAGAGCUUGUUGCCCAACUUAUUUGAUUUUGAUGUCUACUCAUCAUUUGUACAUGUACAUCGAUUUUUACAUGUAUGUGAUGUAGUUAAAAAGAGGUCAAAAGAAAAGAUACAUACGAGUACAUUAUGUUUAAAUUGUAUUUUUCUACUGUUCAUGACAAUUCUUAUUUUGUAAAACUUUAAUGUUUCUUCGUCACUUUACCUGAAUAAAUCUUCUUGCAUUCCA